AUGGUGUACAGGUCUGGCACCAUGAACACUGGAGACCAAGUGUUGAUGACUUUGAUGCGCUUGCGCCUGUGCUUGCUUUAUGGAGACCUUGCACGGCGCUUCCAUAUACCAGUUGCACAAGUUGGAAGAGUGUUCCGCAAGCUCAUGAACAUCUUAGCAGGCAUUUUCUCCAAAGUGAUUGCCUGGCUGCCAAAAGAGGAGAUUUUAGCGACUCUCCCUGCUCAGUUCAUCGAGGGUGGAUACGCAAAUACCACGGCCAUCAUCGAUUGCACGGAAGCACCACUCCAAAUGCCGAAACGGCUGUUUGCCAGAGGACAGUCUUUCAGCUACUACAAAGGACGGAACACGGUGAAGUUCCUGAUUACUGUCGCACCGAGUGGAGUCGUGAAGUUGGUGUCCUGUGCAUACGGAGGGCGUGCGUCCGACAAGCACAUAGUAGACGAGUCUGGUUUCGUCGAGUACCUGUCGCACAAUGAUCACAUAAUGGCUGACAAAGGAUUUAGCCUCAGCACCGAGAUGAAAGAAGAGGGGGUGAAACUGAACGUCCCAGCCUUCACAAGAGGACGGAAGCAGAUCUCCGAAAUGGAGGCGACCGUGUCUAGAAGAAUUUCAAGGCUGCGGAUUCAUGUGGAAAGGGCCAUUGGAAGAAUUAAAACGUACCGGAUAUUGAAGCAACCUCUGGCGAUUCACCCCAAAAAGAUAAUGAACAAAAUCGUCCAGGUCUGUGCUGGGCUGUGCAACUUGAAGGGUCCCCUGAUUGCCAACAGAGAGCCUCAGAAGCGCAAGAUAAGGGACAACAAUGAUUAA